UCAUUGGCGGUUCCGAUAUCAGUUCCGAGUUUGUCACAGCAGCGACAGAAAGUGAAAAGUGUGAUUGUAAAGUGCCAAUAUCUCUACAAUUGGAAAAAUGAAGACCAUCGUGUUUGCCCUCAUUCUGGUUUCCUUCGGAGCUUUGGUUAUCAGCCAGAGUCACAACUACUUCUGGGGCUACAAGGGACCGUACGAUGUCCUGUUGAACCGCACCUUUGCCAUCAAGUCCUCCUCCAUCCUGCAAGUGAAGACCAUGGAUCUGUACUAUCCACUGAAGGGUCAAUUGGGUCGUAACAUUUCGGCCAUCAACAUUACCGAUCAGUUCAUCAAUGGCAAGGGAGGAUACGCCAGCUUGUUGGCUGGUGGCAUCGGUUACAAUCACACGACAAUUCAUUUGAAAUCACAGCGGGGCAACGGAUUCAGCUUUAUCGUGGAAAUUUAUGGCCGGUAAUUUAGCGCUUGGUGCGCGCUUGGUCGGUGCCGCUGCUCAGUGAUUGCUGUGGGCUUCUGGAUGGAGCGAAACAAUUAGAGAGAAUGUGAGGGAUAUUUUCAAGGAUUAUCAGUUCCGUUUGAGGAGUGAAGUUAUCGUUUGAUGUUGUAAUAACAGCGCUAUCUGUUAGUUUUAUUUGAUAAUCCGAACGCGGCUGAUAUAGAUUCGUUAUAGGAAAACUACUAUUUAUUGAAUGGUAUUAAGAUCUGCAAUAAAGAAGCGAUUUUAUCUAUCUACAAAA